CCUUGGAGCCGGGGCCUGGCCGUGCGUGCCGUGGCUCCUCUCCAUCGAAAAUGUUCUCCCUGGGGUCCUGGCUGCCGGCAUUCCCCGGGCUGGCCUGGGGCUGGGCACUGCUGGAUGCAUUCCUGCAAGGGCUGGUGGGUGCCUGUGCCGUCUCGGUGCUCUGCAGCCUCCUGAAGGUUUAUCUCUACAUCCAGUGCCUGAACAACCCGGAGAGGCAGGCGGAGAAGGAUGCGAUCCGGGCGCAGCGGGCGGUGCUGGAGCCGCUGCACGUGCUGGUGCUGACGGGGCUGCUGGCCCUGGUGGGGUCCCGCGUGGCCGCGCUGGUGGUGCUGGAGUUCUCCCUGCGCGCCGUGUCCACCGUCCUGACCCUCGGCAAGGGCGCCCACAGCAGCCAGCUGUACCUGCUGUGCCAGUACUCGCUGGGCUGCGGCGUGUCCUGCGGCCUCAGCUUCCUGCUGGAAGGGGCUCCCCACCGGACCUGGAACCUGCUGCUGGCGGCGGGGCUGGCGGGGCUGCUGGCGCUGCAGGGCCAGCGCCUGGCGCGGCACGUGUGUGCCCUGUACGGGCUGCACAGCCGGGCGCGCUACUGCGGGCUCUGCAUCCUGCUCCUCUCCGACGGCCACCGCAUCCCGGCGCUGCUGCGCCGCGCCCUCGCCCUGGCCUUCGGCGUGGCCGACCUGGCGGCCGUGCAGCUCAUCAACAGGGAUUUCCUGUCGGCCGCCGAGGCCGCGCGGUUCUGGACCCCGCUCACCAUCUGCUACGCCCUGCUGGUGGUCUACAUGCAGGAGGAGGCCCGGCAGAGCGCAGAUGGGGGGCCGGUGUUCCGGACGGUCCUGGUGCGGAUGGGCGGCCUCUUCAUCCUCCUGCUCACGGUGGGCCGAUGGAGCGACAUCCUGCACGUGCUGGUGUCGCUGCUGGGGGAGCUGUGGUGCCUGCUCCGCGCCGGGGUCCUGCUGCAGUCCUGCCGCGGGCAGGAUUCCAGCCCGCAGCCUCACUGGGACAGACAGCUGGGAUCCGGAUCGGAGGAAACGUCUGGAUGAGCCGCGGGGUGUACCCAGACGGCAGAGACUCGAGGUGGCUUUGCCUGGCACCCCCAAAAUCCUCCCCACGGGGACUGAGGAGAAAGGGCUCCCAGAGGGUGCCCGACCCCGUCCCAUGGGAUGGAGGAGGUCGGGGGGGAAGACUCGUGUGGCCCCUGGUUUUUGGGGACUCUGUGAGGUUGCAGCACUGCUGGAGGUUGUUCCCUGGUCCCGCUGGGAUUGCAGGAUGCUGAUGGAUGUCCCGUCCUCACCGGCUGCAGGGCCACACUGUCACAGCGCAGGGGCUCCAGGGGGGCCCCAAAUCUUGGAAA